AAAAAAAAAAGGUACGAAGGGAAAAUAAAUUUCCUCGAGCGUGCAACUGCCGCAGCUACAACUAAGCAAAUAGAGUAUUUAGUUAUUUACACCGUCGUCUUCUUUGUCCCCUCUCCGGCAAAUUCAUCACUUUCCUAAACUCAACCCAAACAAAAAGGGGGAAAAACUUUUCAUCUCCAAAUCCAAAAAACCCUAAUUUUCUCUCUCCUCUUCAUCUUCUUCCUCCUAAAUCCCCCCAAUUCAAUUUCUAACCCUUCCUAAAAAAAUGGACAUUGAAUCAAACGGCAGCAAUAAACGCGUCUUCCAUGGACUCGGAAACAAACCUCAUCAAAAUCACAAUCAAAAUCAAAGUCAAAAUCAAAUUCAAAAAGUUUGUUAUCACUGGCAAGCUGGAAGAUGCAAUAGAAAUCCAUGUGCGUUUCUUCACAGAGAACUUCCUCCUCCUCCUCUUCCUUCUCAUUCAUCUUCUUCAGCUUCUACUUCCUUCAAUGGCGGAAGUUCUAAGCGGGCCCAUGGGCUGGGCGGUGUCGGCCCAAGAAACGACGGGUUUUCGAGUCGUAAAAACCCUAAUUUUAACAAUACAUGGGGUAGGGUUAGUGGUGGAGCUGGUGCAGGUCCUCCUAAGAAGAUGGAAAGGGUUUGUAAUUACUGGGUUCAAGGGAAUUGUAGUUAUGGUGAUAAUUGUAAAUUCUUGCAUUCUUGGUCUAUUGGUCAUUCCUUUUCACUCUUGACAACUCUUGAGGGCCAUCAGAAGGUUGUAACUGGAAUCACUUUACCAUCAGGGGAUAAGCUUUACACAGGGAGUAAAGACGAGCAUGUCAGGAUUUGGGAUUGUGCAUCCGGACAGUGUGUCAGUGCUAUUCAUCUGGGAGGAGAAAUUGGUUGCAUGAUCAGUGAAGGGCCAUGGGUUUUUAUUGGCUUGCCAAAUAUGGUCAAGGCAUGGAACAUUGAGACAGUCACUGAUAUGAGUCUCAGUGGACCUGCUGGACAGGUUUAUUCUCUGGUGGUGGGUAAUGAUAUGCUCUUUGCUGGCACACAGGACGGGAGUAUAUUAGCCUGGAAAUUCAAUCCAGCUACUAAUUGUUUUGAACCAGCUGCAUCACUUGUAGGGCAUACACAUGCCGUCGUUACAAUGUUUGUUGGAGCUAAUAGACUAUAUUCCGGUUCGAUGGACAAUUCUAUAAGAGUGUGGAAUCUUGAAACACUGCAAUGCAUACAGAUAUUGACGGAGCACACUUCAGUUGUUAUGUCUGUUCUUUGUUGGGAGCAGUUUCUAUUAUCUGCUUCACUGGACAACACAAUAAAGGUGUGGGCUGCUACUCAGAGCGGAAACUUGGAAACAACUUAUACUCAUACUGAAGAGCAAGGAAUUCUCACUCUCUGCGGGAUGUUUGAUUCAGAAGCAAAGCCGGUCUUACUUUGUUCCACUAAUGACAAUUUUGUGCACGUAUAUGACUUGCCAUCGUUUACGGAGAGAGGCAAGAUCAUUUCAAAGCAGGAGAUACGAGCUGUUCAAGCAGGUCCUAGUGGAUUAUUCUUCACCGGUGAUGGGAAUGGUCAAGUGAGGGUAUGGAACUGGUUAAAAGAACCAAAGACGGCUGUGUAACUUAUCUUUUUUUUUGCCAUGGCCCUUAGGGCCACAUAUUUUUCUUUUUCUUUCGAGAAAUUUUUUGCGAGAAGAUAGCUCUGGCCUAUGCUCCUUUGUAAUUGGACAUGGAUUUGGCACAUUUUCAAGUUGUCUUCUACAUUGUUAUGUACUAUUUUGGUCGAAGAAGAGAUUUUUUCUCUAGAGCAGCUUUGCUGGGA